CGGACUGCGAGUGCUGGAAGACGUGUUUUGUCUCCCUCUUUUACUUUUAACAGACACUCACGGUGUUGCUGUCUCCCUUUGCUACGAACACUACCGGUGCCGAAAAUAAUCGAAAAUAACAAAUAAAUAGCCAGUUGCCAAAAGAACACCAGGCAGACAAGAGGUAAUAGCAACACUCGGCAGUGAAGGCAAGAGCCCCAAACAAAAACGAUGUGGCAGUGCUAGAAAAUAAAGGCCAGGAAAACUAACGAAUAAAAACAGGAAAUUACAUUUGAGAGAGUGCGUCGUCCAUUUUGUGAGCUGUGCGAGUGCCUGUGUGUGUGAUCGAGUCCGUUUCCGGUGUAGUCCCACCGUGUCAACAGACAUUGUAUUUGGCCAAAACGCAGGACAGUAAUAUCCUUAAAGCUACUAAGUAAAUGCGAAGCGUAGUAGAAAAACGCGCGUGCCACAGACUCCACGACAUCCGCCCUCCCCCUCCUUUCGAACGGAAGCAAAACAAAAAGACCAGGACAGCGCAAAAGCAAGGAGAAUAAAACAAGAGGAAGCGACCCGAAAAAGGAACGCAUAUGAUCUGAACGGAAGGAUAUAUCCCCCAAAACCGACCAAAUUGCGCAACUAAAAGUCUUAAACAUUCAACUGCUGCUGCAAACCGUAUGACUGAUUUAUCUCGUUGAGCAAGCCAUAGCGAUUACCUCCCUAAGAACUUUACACUAGCUUACAAAAAAUACAUACACCCCUGCAUUUACGGCUGGAUAUAUAUGAAUGGCAGAGCAAUAAAUUCGAUUAUAUAGGACUAUAUCGUAAAGCGCUUGAAGUGUUGCAUUUCGAACUCCCGUAUAUAGUAUCUGCACUUAGUUAGCCGAUCUAAGCAAAUACAUAUUUAUCUGAUAGAUAGGGGAGAGCAGAGGAGGGUCGGGAGCGAGAGAGCAGAGAGGAAUGCAGCGGUGUCCCUACAUUCAUGAGAUGCGAGAAAGAUUACUGGACCAGCCACGGGAGACACCUCAACUGGAGAACAUGGAGCGGGCCACUCUGCUCGACAACCGCCAAUCGGCAUCCGAAUCCAACCAGGUCGGCACUGUGGUCAAGCUGCAGGGCGAUGGAUACCACACAAGCCCUGCACACCAACGCACCCCACUAGUGCCUCACGAUCUCGGUGAAGACUUUAAUUUGGAUUUCGACGACGACUUUCCGAUCGACGCCCGACGACCGAAAAAUGCCAAGGUUUGCUACACGUUCAAGCCAAAUCCAAAUAAGUUCAGUUUUAUGCCAGCGAAAAUUACGGUACAGGGCACAUAUGAAACCAAUCCGAUAACGGGACCCAUCGAACUAUGGACAUCGCUUUUCAUCGUGACCAGUCUGGUGUACGCGAUCCUCCUGAUCGUCGUCUGCAUCGCCUACGUAAUCAGCGAUGUAACCACCCACCGACUGCCGGUUCUGUACUACGAGACGUUCUUCACCUAUCUCUACGGCGUCAGCAUACUCUUCCUCCUCUACGUCUUCUGUUUCCUGCUGCAGGAGAGCUCUUGCUGCAAUGGCGGCAAUGGUGGCAGCAAACCGAAACCCCAACCCAAGGAGAAGAAGUCGAAGAAAGCCAAAAAUGCCGAUCCGGCCGAUUCGAAGGAAGCGAAGGGCUCAAAGGACUCUGGCAAGGCAGCCAAGGGCGCCGCAUAUCAGCAUACGAUGGCCAAGUUUCUGGAAGCACCCGUGGACGCCGAGGUGGCCGUCACCCCGAAGAAUGUGCGCAAGCGCAAAACGACCCACAGUGAUCUGACACACGGCAGCUUUUUCCUGCGCGUGGGAGCCAUUGCUUUUGGACUUGGCGCCAUGAUUUAUAUUGGCCUAGAGUUUGGAUCGUUCUUCGAAAUUCCCUUCGAUUCGCCGUGCCAUCAUAUCCUGAUCGGCGUAAAUCCACUGCUCCAGAUGAUUUUCACCUUCAUGCAGAUGUAUUUUAUAUUCAUGAAUGCCCGGCUGAACAUCCACCGCUUCAAGGUGAUCGCCCGCUUUGGCCUGAUGCACGUGGUGGCCACCAACAUCUGCGUGUGGAUACGCACCCUGGUGAAGGAGUCCCUGCUUGAGAUCACGAUCUAUCACCAGAAGCACGAGCCGGAGGCGGGAGCCUCCUCCAUAGCCCACUCGAUAAGGCAGCACGCCCUGCGCCACGCCGGAACCGUGCUGAGGACCCACGCGGGACCCAACAGCGAGUUCGAGGUCCUCGACGGCGAGGACCUCCUGCCUAAGGAUGGAUACAAGGGCGACAACGUGCUGUCCAAGCUGGUUCGCAAUACCGUCAACGGUAUUUCGAAGAGCCUGGGCAUGGGUGGUGACCAGGUGGUCGCCAGCACCACCACCACGACCACGAGGGCCCCGUUCACCACUCCGAAUUACCAAUGGCACAGCACUACUAUGGCCCGCAAGUUGAAGAAGUUUAUCACCAGCGCCACCACCGCGGCCACCACGGCGGCGGGCAGCAGUAGCUCCACCAGCAGCACCACCAUCUCACCGACCACCAGUAGCACCACCAUCCCGCCGACCACCAGUAGCACCACCAUUUCACCGAGUACCACCUUCAACCCAUUUAGCACCACUGCCGCCCUGAAUCUCGAGACCAGCGGCAGCGACUCGCCCUUUGGCGGCUUGCAGCGCGUUCUCUCCAGCGCCGCUCCGCCGAGCCUGGCGCCAGUCGAUGGGUUCGGUUCCGCUGCCACGCCCACUCCCGUUUCCGGUCCCGGCUCCUUUGUGGACUCCUUCCUGGCCAGCACCCUGAGCCCAGCCAGCAGCACCGAAGGCUCGGCCAGCAUAAUGAACAACCUGUUCGGCCAGGGCCCCAUGGAGAACAGCUUCCAGACGUACACCGACCUAGGUCACGAGGAGGCCACCGGGCUGGUCAGCUUCGAGAACCUGGAGAGCCUGGACAACAUAUACCCGGCGGCGCUGUCCUCCAAUAUCGGCACACUCAACUCCACCGCCUGCGGACGCAUCGACAUCAUGGGCACCAUUGUCUACGACUCGGCGCCCUACCUGUAUCCGUUCAUUAUCGAGUACUCGCUGAUCGGGGCGGUGGUGUUGUAUGUCAUGUGGAAGCACAUCGGCCGCUACCCAGGGCGCAUGAACGACGAGGACCUGGAGCACCGGCUGGAGGUGAUGCUCUCGCGGAGGGCGGUGGCCAUGGCGCAGCAGGCGCGAUCCGGACGCGUUGACUGCGUAGGCUCGUCGAAGGGCCUGUUCUUCGGGCUCCUGCUGCUGGUCGGGGCCCUCAUCUGCCUGAUACUCUUCUUCGUCUUGGUGCGCCAUCAGCAGUUCUCGCUGUUGGCCAUUUACCUCGCCGACGCCAGCCACUGCAUUCUGAUGGCCUUCGCCAUCCUGGCCAUAAUAGUUGGAUUCAUAAGGGUCAAGAACCUGAAGUUCCGCUGCGAGGAGCAGUCGAACCUGAACGACAUACUGCUGCGCAUCUCGGCCUUCGGCCUGUUCACCUACUCCGUGUUCAGCAUCAUCGCCGGCAGCCUGAAGGUCCUGGAGAGCGAGCCCAGCCUGCUGGUGACGACCACCGGGGGCGUGGCCGUCUUCCAGGUGAUCCUGCAGCUGCUCUUCAUCGCGGACGUGUCCCGCCGUCGCGUCCACCUGCCGGAGCACGAUCGCAGCAAGCCGGGCCGCCAGAUCGUCACCUUCCUCCUCAUCUGCAACGUGGCCAUGUUCGCCAUCUACACAUUCGAAGCUCAAAAAGUAUUCGCCAAUCCUGUAAGUAGAUAUGUUCAGCUGGAGUUCUACGGCUUCGUGCCCUGGUCGAUCAUCCAGCGCAUCACACUGCCCCUGUGCAUCUUCCAUCGGUUCCACAGCGCUGUGACACUCGCCGAGAUCUGGAAGACCACCUACAAGGCACGCCUGGAGUAAGCCGAUGUCCGAGUCCCGAUGUCUAUAUAGGCUAUAUAGGAUGUGGGAGUAUGAAAAUGCACCAAACCAAAACAUAGCGAGCCCAGAACGCAAAUAGAAAUCAAGUGAAGAGUUAGUUUCUAAUUACGUAUUAAACAUAUAUGCGUACUACAUAUAAUAUACAUAUACAUUAACGCAGAUAUGAGUAUGAUUUUUUUGUUUGAGAACCAAAGCGAAACGAAAUGAUAAACGAAACGAACGAACCGAUCGGACCAAUCUGCGCGGUUAACGAUUGCCAAGCGAAAACGAUUUGCAAGUCGCUUGUUGAUUUUCCCCCGCUUUCCCAUUUUACUUUGUUAACGCGUGGAGGACUUAAGAACUUAAGAACUAAGUCAUAGUGUUACAGCUUACCCGAAAACCACGGCACACGUUUUUGUUUGAGUUACGUAUUAAUUUAGUUUAGUUUAGUUUCGUCUCUAACACGCUGCAAUAUCUUGUUACUGAAUCAAAAAUGCAAGUUAAUAUUAAUUUCUUAGUAGUUUAACCUUUAUCCGCUUCGGCAACAGAAACCAAAACGAAAUCGAUUAAAAAAUUCACAUUACAAAUAAGAUGGAAAUUAAUCUAAAAA